UGAUUAUUCGGGGUGAGAUGGUUGGUGAUGUCUUGAAUAAGCUCCUGGCUUGUUCGCUGUCAGAAAAGGAGGCGGGUGGCUUUGAGCUGCGCACUGAUGAUGUGAAAGCUAGUAAGGAGGAAUGCGAGUGGAGUUUGUUCGGGAAGGUGGUGGGGGAUAUACCAGCUAGUAUCAUGGGUGUGAAGCGGACUAUGAGCAGUAUUUGGAGACUCCAAAAAUCGAUGGAGGUGAAGGAGAUCAGUUCAAAUUAUUUUCAGUUUAUAUUCUCGUCUAUGGAGGAUAAAGCAAAGGUAGCUGCGGGUAAUAACUGGCUCUUUGAGAAUCAGUACCUGAUACUAACCGAGUGGAAUGAUGGGUUGCAUAGCAAUCACCCAUGUUUUGAGGAGAUCAAUAUCUGGGUCCAGGUGAUGAAUGUCCCACUCAACUGGAUGUGCACAGAAGCGGGAAUGAGGAUAGGGCAAAUCUUCAAUAAGGUGAAAAAUGUGGUGGUUUGUAAAGUGGGAGGUGAAGCUGGGAGUUUCUUUAAAAUUCUUGUUGCAUUAAACCUGAAAGAGCCUAUUCCCAGAUGUACUGUUGUUAAGCUGGGUGAACAGAGCACUAUGGUUGCUUUCAGGUAUGAGAGACUUGUGAACUUAUGCUACUACUGUGGGAGGAUAGGGCACCUAGACAGGGGGUGUCUGCAGAGGGAUGAGGAUAUUGAUAAGGGGAAACCAAGGGAAGGGCAAUUCGGAGAAUGGCUCAAAGUUAAGGAGACUUAUCACGGUGGGAGAAAUUAUUUUGCAAGUAGCUCUGAAGCAAAGAGUGCCCCUCCUCAGCAGCAUUCUAAUCAUGAUUCUAUAGUCUCAGCCAGUGUCACUCCUAUGAAAUUCUCUAAUCAGCAGCCUGAGGCUGCAAUGGAAAGUGAAGAGAAGGACCAGGGUGCUGAGCUUGAACCGCAGAAUUCUCAGGCUCUUCUUAUUGUACCCACUGCAGUGGAAUCUUGUCCUAACUUAAUGGAGAUGGUAGUGGAAGGUCAGCAAACUCAGGUGGAGAAUUCUGAAAUAGGGCUGAGUGUUUUGCCUACUUUGAUUCAGAAUAGUGGAGAUUGUGUGCAAGAGACGGGGGGGUUAAGAAAAGGGGCAUUGUGGAAGAGGAAAAAGAGUAGUGUGGGCAGACUGUUGAGGAUGGAUGAGAUCACUGUGUGCAGGAAAUUGGGUUUUGGCAGUAGGUGGCAUCUGGGGCCACCUAGGGGGUCUAGAGGUGGGUUGCUUGUUUUGUGGGAUGUGAAUACAGAGAUAAAGCAGAUUGUUGCUAAUGAUUUUUGUGUCCAGAUGGAGGCUAAGGGUCCUGGGAUGAGGGAGUGGAAUUGGCUUAUUUUUGUCUAUCUUAGCACUGACAGGAGGGAGAGGGCAUCUCAAUGGGAGUUUUUGGAGAUGGCCAGACUUAACUGGGGAAGGUGUUGGACCAUUGCGGGGGAUUGGAACGAUAUUGUCAAUAAUGAGGAAAAGAGAGGGGGAGUGAGAAGACAAGAAUCUAGUUUCAGAGGGUUCAGGUCCUUCAUUCAUAAUAUGGGGAUGCAUGAGGUGGAGCAGAAAGGAGCUUUUUUCACUUGGGGGAAUAACAGAGAGGGAGAUGGAUAUGUUGAGGAACGGCUUGAGAAAAUUUUCACUUCUUAUGACUGGAUGGUGGCCUACCCAAAGAUGGAGGUGGCAAAUUUCUACAGGACAGCGUCAGACCACAAUGUGUUGAUGAUGGACACUGAUAUGGAGGUUGGGAGGUACAAGAAGAGAUUUGCUUUUGAUAAAUUAUGGGCAAAGGUUGAUGGGGUUCAAGAUGCUGUUACACCUGGGUGGCAAAUUGCGGUUGAAGGAUCUGCGAUGUACCAAGUUCACCAGAAGAUAAAAAGCACUAGAAUGGCUUUGUUAGCCUGGCACAAACCUAUUCACAGAAACAGUGAGAAGGCUGUUAUAACUCUUACUGGGAAGUUGGAAGAGCUGAUAAAGGGUGGUCAUGAAAGAAAUUGGGAGGAAUGGUAUGAUCUGAAAGCUGAAUUGGAUAGGGCCCAUCAGGAAGAAGAGGCUUACUGGAGAAUGAAGUCUAGGGCUAUGUGGCUUAAGGAGGGGGACAGAAAUUCUAGAUUUUUUCAUGCGGUUGUGGCCCAAAGAAGGAAAUCGAAUUCAAUUCAGAGGCUGGUGACGGGAGAGGGAGUGAUCUGUGCUUCUAAAGAAUCCAUUGUGCAUCAUCUGGAAGGUUUCUAUUCUAAUCUUUUUUCUUCUGAUGGAAGCUAUGAGGAAGAUGAGAUAUUGCAGCAUAUUCCUUGCUCCAUUUCUGAUGAGUUGAACAAUAAUCUUAUUUCACCGGUGGAAGAGAUGGAGGUUAAGGAGGCUCU